AUGGAGUCUCCGGAUAGAGACCAUAAAACCUUCAUGUCAGCCAUGCGGUGCCUUGGUACCGGUCCAUCCGGGCAUGUAUUCGCCAUUGAUGCACACAACAUCAUGAAAGUUACCUUGGAGACAGCCCCAGAGUACGUGGGCGACGAGGCUCGUCGACGACUCCAACUCGAAAAAAAGAUCUAUGAAAGGCUCGGCAAUCACGACCGAAUCUGCGAGUUCAAAUACGCGGUCGAUCAUGGGCACGUCCUUGAGGGGUUCAUGCAAAACCUGAGCGGACUCUUGCGACUCUAUGCACAAGCAGGAAGGCAACCUCCCCUCCCCCUGGCGUUGAAGUGGUCGAUCCAGACUGCAGACGCAUGUGCAUACAUCCACAGCAAGGGUGUCAUCAAGGCCAACUUGAACUGCCACACCCUCUUCAUGGACAACCAAGGAAAUAUCAAGCUCUACGACUUCACCGGCUCAUCCAUCGAUGGCUCCAUGCCGCUCGAGAGGCCUGAUCCGGGGUUUGUGCGCCCCGGCGCCGAUGCCACAAGGGCCGAUGUGCAAGACAACCUAUUUGCUCUGGGAAGCAUCAUGUACCAAAUCACCACUGGCGUGGAGCCUUCUUGGAACAGUAACCACUCGGCUCCCCACCACUUUCACGAGUUGUCCAGGCUCCCCUUGGCCAGUGUCAUCACGAAAUGCUGGCUCGGGCAGUAUCGUUCAGCCGCAGAGGUGGUGAAGGAACUAAACGAGGUCCAAGACGCAGAGAUCAGCCUGCCCAAGCAAUGUCCUGCUUCUCACGUUACAGGUACCCCGUGCUAG